AUGGGUACUCGUUUCAAACAGACGCUGCAGGAUCGGCGGAAGGGAGAACUUGCGCUCUCCGACUUCGCAGACUACGUUGAAAGACAGCAAGCCAAAACCCGAGCAAAGCAGCCGAUAUCUACGUCUGGCAAUCACGGCGCUUCCUCCGCCGCCGCCGCUCCUGUUGCCGAAUCGGAAGAGCAUGCAGAGUUGGACAUCCUUGACCAACUGGGCCUUUCGGAUGCGCCGAACCAGAUCAACCUAAAAGAGUGGCUGCUUGAUACCUCUGAGAAUGCUCCUGAGACGUUACAACAGAUAGCUGGCUUGGUUCGGUCCCGCAUUGAUGAAGAUCAUGGCGAGACUCUAUUUGACCUUGGUCUACUCGACAGUGGCGAGUCGAUGGGCUUUACGAAAGAGCAAUGGGAUCUUGCACUGGCAAGGAUAAUUGAGGCAGCAAGCACCAUCAAGGCCGCUGUCAAAGUGCUCUUGACGUUCAACGUCGGUGGUCCAGAGGAAGCCCAAUCGAAGCAUGGUGGCGACAAGGACAAGUCUAGCCACGGCAAACUUCUCAUCCGACAAACCCCGUCCACGGCGGAAGAGGUGAUUGAGACUCGUAUCGCAGUUGUCGGAAAUGUCGAUGCAGGCAAGUCAACCAUGCUGGGUGUAUUGGUGAAAGGCAACCUGGACGAUGGCCGUGGUAAGGCCCGAGUCAAUCUGUUCCGCCACAAGCAUGAGAUCGAAUCCGGUAGGACUUCAUCUGUGGGCAUGGAGAUUAUGGGCUUCGACACCCACGGCGAUGUCGUCUCAUCCAAUGUCCCCGGACGCAAGCUGACAUGGGGCGAGAUCGGGACACGUUCCGCGAAGGUGAUAACUUUCACCGACCUUGCGGGCCACGAGAAGUACCUGCGCACCACCGUCUUUGGGCUGUUGUCGUCCGCACCGAACUAUUGUCUACUCAUGGUUGCGGCGAACAAUGGCCUCAUCGGCAUGUCAAAGGAACAUUUGGGCAUUGCUCUCGCUUUGAACGUGCCGGUCAUGGUGGUCAUCACCAAAAUCGACAUCUGUCCACCCCAGAUUCUCGAGCAGACCAUCACUCAACUGACCAAGAUCCUCAAGUCUCCUGGCGCCCGGAAGAUCCCCAUCUUCAUCAAAACUCACGAAGAGACAGUCGUGACGGCCACGCAGUUCGUCUCGCAGCGGAUAUGUCCUGUAUUCCAAGUAUCCAACGUUACCGGCGAGUCCUUGGACCUUGUAAGGACCUUCUUGAACAUCCUUCCACAUUACGGCCACUACGACGACGAAGCUCCGUUGGAAUUCCACAUCAAUGAUACCUUUUCGGUGCCGUUUGUCGGCACGGUCGUGUCGGGCGUAGUCGAGUCUGGUGUGGUGCAUGUCGGGGACACGGUCCUCGUCGGCCCCAAUUCACUAGGGCAAUUCGAGACAAGCGGUGUACGGUCCAUCGAACGGAAGAGAAUCCCGGUCCCUGCCUGCGGCGCUGGUAAGUCGGCUUCGUUGGCACUGAAGCGUAUCCGGAGGAGAGACGUGCGUAAAGGCAUGGUUGUGCUACCAAAAGCCGAGACCCCGCCAAAGGUGUAUCGAGAGUUCGUGGCGGAGGUGCUUAUUCUGUCCCACGCUACGACUAUCCGACCGAAAUACCAGGCCAUGCUACAUGUCGGCCCUGUGAGUCAGACGUGUGCCAUCAUCGACAUCGACCGCGAGUACAUCCGGACUGGCGAUCGAGCUACCGUUGCCUUUCGAUUUGUUCAGCGUCCCGAGUUUAUGACUGUUGGUCAAAGAAUAUUGUUCCGAGAAGGUAGGACUAAAGGGUUAGGCAUCGUGAAGUCGCUUGGCUAUGAGGCAGGGUCUCUCGGUAAGCAGGUGUCUUCAGAUGCUGAUGAGACGAAAGAUCAGGAAAAGGGAAAGGAGAAAGCCGAAGAGAGAGGACCUCAGACUACCACUAGUACUGUCAAGGAGCAGAACGUCACCGUUGCAAAUGGCAAAGCGAAAUAA